AUGUGGCAGGCGCGUCUAACUGAUGUUUGUAUGCUAUAUUAGUGGUAUGUUUGGAACCACCUAUCAUGUUGUUUGCCUUUAAGGUAUAAAAAUGAGAAAGAAGCAAGUGCAGGUCUCCUCCUGUACUGCCACUUUUCCAGUGGAAGCAGAGUGAGGCAAAAGAAGGUGCCAAAUGGUUUUAAGUUUCCGUUGCUGCCUGAGAUUCCUCUUCAAGUAGGGCAAUUGCUGCAGACACUCAACAAAGACCAAUUCACAAAAGAAAGCUCCUUGCAGUUGCUCCAAGAAAGCCUCUCUUCACUUGGCAGAGCAACCAUGGCAUAAACUUAACAUUUGCAAAGAUAUGCAGGAAAUGUUUCGGCCAAGCUGUUCUCCUUUUAUUCCCAUUAGUUUAGUUUUCCUUCUUUGUUUAGGCUGGAAAAAGCAUAAGGGCUGACUGAGAAGUUGAUUCACAAACUGUUUACUCUGAAGGAACAUCUCACUUACCAUUGUUUUAUCUGUUUUAGUCUUACUGUAUGUCUAGUUGCAUUUCUUUGGCACUGAAGGUAAUUCCACACUUUUUGCGGCGAAUGCAACUGCUGGUUUGGGUUUGUUGUGCUUAUGUCCAUAUAGUAGCAUCUCUUGAUCACAGUGGCUCUGUUUUAACACACGUUUGAAUAAAUAAAAUCUAUAGAAAGCUGGACAAAACUGUCUCAGACCUGAAUAAAAGAAAGCAUGGAGAAUGUUGAACAUCACCUCAUGCUUUUGAGGAGGAACGUGAGAUGCUAGCAGCUCCCGUUUGCUGUAAGGUACAGCUAGGCUUCUCCUCUGGCUCCUCUAACACAGAAGAAGCUGUCUACCCAACCUUUCUUCCUCCAUGGAAUCUGAGACAGUAUACAUGUGGCUCCCAAGCAGUCAUCUACCCAUGUACUGACCAAACUCAGGUUGGCUCAGCCAUCAGUAAGGUUGGGACCUGAAUUGAAAACCUGUGCUCUGACACUUCAGUAUUGUAAUGCUUUCCUCACAAAACAGGCAGUCGUUUUAGGAAGGGUUGCAGAUCAGUCACAGAACCACUGCUUUAGAUACAGAAAAGGUUCAAUACCCAGCAUGUUCAGAGAGUGCUGAGGGGAGGGGAACUUGAGCAGGAAAUCCUGGGGAGAACUACUGCCAGUCAGUUUAGACAUCAUGUCCCACAAGUGUCAUGGAAAAAGCAGGACAUCCUGUUUUUUUUCCUUGCAAGAAGACGGAGACCAUUUUGGGUGUGAUCUUGCACAAUUUCCUCCCUGGAAAAGUGCUUUUGGGGGACUGUGAUCUCGUGCGACACCUCAAAACACAUAUUUUUGGGUGCUGUGUUCAGAAAAGGUGCUUUUUUGAGGAGAAAGAUGGUGUCCCAGUUUUUGUCUUCAAUGUGCUGGAAGAUAUGAGACAGGACUGAGCCUAGAUGGGCCCAAGCGAGCUUAACUGUAUAAAGUAGUUUUCAUGUACCCAGCUGAACUUCCAACAGCACCUGGAGGAAACAAGCUCCCCGCAUUCCUGCUUUCCACACAAUUCACCUUUUUAAUAAUAAUAAUAAUUAUACUUCCUUAUUUAUAUGCCACCCAUCUGACUGGGUUGCCCCCAGUCACUCUGGGCUGCUUUCAACAAAUUAAAACAUCAAACGCGGUAAAACAUCAAACAUUAAAAACUUCCCUAUACACACCCUAUGUUCCGAGGCCUGUACCUGCCACCAGAAGUAUUGGCUCUCAACUGCCCCAGUGAACUCAUUGUCCCUCAUUAUACCCUUGCUGCUUGUCUACUCCCACACUAGGGCGUACUGGAUUUUCCAACUUUCAAAUCCCCAAAAUUAGGGGUGCUCAAAAGUUGCAACGUGCCCUGGGAAUUCAAGAGAUAUUCGGGUUAAAUGAGUAUAAUUUAGUUUUGCUUGGUAAGUAAAGCGUAUGCAAAAUUGCACAUAGAAAUAAUUAAAAAAGGGAUUGCCAAGUACUUGCAGUUGGAUUAUAUGUUAUUUCUCCUCCUUCUUCUUCUUCCUCUUCUUUAGCAUGACCAGACCUUAUCAGAAGCUAAAAUUCAAAACCCUUUGGUUUCCUGAAAGUAAUGAAUGUGCUUCUUCAUCCAACGUAGACAUCCCGAGCUGCCAAAUUACAAAAACACACACAACAGAUUUGAAUUCCUCACACCCGAAAAACAUAUAUUUAAGGCUCCUCACUGAAUAACCUUGCAAAAAGUUAAGUCUCCCAUGCCCAACCUCCAGGGCUGGAUUUAGGUUUGAUGAGGCCCUAAGCUACUGAAGGUAAUAGGGCCCUUUAUAUGUCCAGCUGCCCUUUGUCAACAACAGAUUGUCAUUGUUUUUUGUGUUGAAUAUAUACUAUAUGGUAAUUUUGGGACGCGGGUGGCGCUGUGGGUUAAACCACAGAGUCUAGGACUUGUUGAUCAGAAGGUUGGCGGUUCAAAUCCCCGCGAUGGGGUGAGCUCCCGUUGCUCAGUCCCAGCUCCUGCCAACCUAGCAGUUCGAAAGCACAUCAAAGUGCAAGUAGAUAAAUAGGUACCGCUCUGGCGGGAAGGUAAACGGCGUUUCCGUGUGCUGCUCUGCUUCGCCAGAAGUGGCUUAGUUGUGCUGGCCACAUGACCUGGAAAUUGUACGCCGGCUCCCUCAGCCAAUAAAGCGAGAUGAGCGCCGCAACCCCAGAGUCGGUCACGACUGGACCUAAUGGUCAGGGGUCCCUUUACCUUACCUAUAUGGUAAUUUAUGGACCUAAUAGGUAUCUAAAGCUAUUUGCAUAUAACAAAAUAUGUAUUUUAUCAAAGUAAUUGUUGAACUGAAGUAUAUUAAUAGUGUAAUUUUUUGGGGGGGGGGGGCAAAAGAGCGGGGCCCUAAGCUAUAGAUUGUUUAGCUUGUACAUAAAUCCGGCACUGACAACCUCCCACACGCUGCUAGCUCUUUCUGCCCUGUGCUCAGAGGUAAAGCUUGUAGAAUUAGGGAACUCUGGGACAUGUAGUUCUCAAGCCUAAAAGGGCCACAGAUGACAAGUCCUAGAGUGCCAGGCCUCCCACGGCGGGUCAAGCUCAUAGGCUGCCAUCUAGGCAGGGCUGUCCAAUCAAAGCCAAGCUGUUCUGAGGCCUGGGCUGAAUAAGGCCCAGUGUGCUGAGAGCAGUUUUUGGGGACCAGGAAGGCUGGCGCUGCAACCUAUGAACCCCUGAGCUCAGGGUGCCAGGUAAGGAGGGAGAGGGCCAGGGCUACUGGUGGUGGGUCAUGCCUGAACCCAAUAAUAAUAAUAAUAAUAAUAAUAAUAAUAAUAAUAAUUUAUUAUUUAUACCCCAGCCACUCUGGGUGGCUUCCAACAGAAUAUUAAGAAGACAAUGAAACAUCAAACAUUAAAAACUUACCUAAACAGGGUUGCCUUCAGACAGUGCUUUUUUUCUGGGGGGGACGCAUACCCAUAAACAUUUUGUGAAUCUUUGUACUUUUGUCCGUUUACUGUAUCCCCCCCCCCCAUUUGAACUAUAAAAUGGUGGUUUUCCUGAGUCAGAAUGAGAGUACCCCUAAACAUUUUGUUUUAUUUUUAAAAGCACUGCCUUCAGAUGUCUUCUAGAAGUCAGACAGUUGUUUAUUUCCUUGACAUUUUAAAUACACUUCAGCCAGAUUGCUGGGUUCGAGACACGUGUGCCCGAUUGAGCCCUGGCUUUGAAGCACACGCCCUCCUCUGGAGUCAUAGAGUUUGCUGCCCAAGCACUCUCUGGUUCUCUUGGAAAUGAUAGUUUCUUUGUUAAACAAUAAAAAGUGCAAAAUUACAAGUGCACAGAGUAAGAUAAGACACACACACACAAAAAGAAGAAACAAUAAAUAGUAUUUCUUGGUUCUCUUGGAAACAGGUGAGUGAGGCCUAGGGUAUUAUUAUUAUUACUAUUAUUAUUACUAUUAUUAUUUCUAUACCACUUUGUUUUUAAGAAAAACAUCUUUAAAAAAGCAGUUUACAACACAAACCACCUAACCACAACAAUUCUUUUCUUAUACCCCGCCCAUCUGACUAGGUUACCCCAGCCGCUCUGAACAGCUUCCAGCAAAAUACAAAGGGGAAAAGGGACAUCAGUCAUUAAAAGCUUCCUUCAGAUGUCUACUAAGUCAUAUAGUUGCUUAUCUUUGACAUCUGACAGGAGGGCGUUCCACAGGGCGGGUGUGACUACCGAGAAGGACUUCUUCCAGGUUUCCUAUAAUUUCACUCCUUGCAAUAAGGGAACCGCCAGAAGGUCUUCGGAGCUGGACCUCAGUGUUGGGGCUGAACAAUGGGGUUGGGUGGAGAUGCUGCUUCAGAUAUACACAUAAAAUAAAAACAAUCCAAAUUAAACAUUACUGGAGAAAGUUGCAUAUUAAGUAUGCCUUCCAAGCAACAUUAAUUAACAGGGAAGCAAAAUAUAUUUUUACCUUAAAGUUUUCAAAAUAAAGCAUUACAAAGGAGGUCAGCUACAGAAUGCGCAUUUAAUACGACAGCAAAAAUUAUCUUUAAACAUUCCAGAAGAAAAUGCUAAAGGAAGUCAAAUAUAAUAUACACAUUUAAAACAGCAUAAUUAACAAGAAAAUAAAAUUGACAUCUGUAGACCAUAAUGCAGAGCUUUGAAGGGCCAAAGCUCAGGAGUGGAGCUUUGCAUGCAGAAGGUCCCAAUCCCUGGCAUCUCUAGCUGUUGGGUGGGACAUGUAGCCAGAUCCUGUUUCCCUUUUGUGUGUUCUUAUACUUGCUGUUCUAGAGAAGGGAGAAAGGCAGGGACUACGACACAUUGUUUGGAAUACUUGUUCUUAGGGCUUUUUUUCAGCCGGGAUUCACUGGAACUUAGAAUGACACCAUUGCCAUUCUAAGAGAACGAGGGAGGCAUUUGUGGUGAGCACCUCUUUUUCUAGAAAAAUAUCACUGCUUGUUCUGUUCCAGCAGAUUGAGUACAGCAAAUCUUAAAAGUUCAGGGCACCAAAGGUAAAUAGAGGAUUAAUAAAUUUGGACAGACAUUCUUAAGCAUAAUUUACAAUUUAGCCUCAUUUUUUCCUUGUGGUAACGGGACAGCCAGCCUUGACUCAGUCCCUAUACACCCCUUAGCCCCAGUAAAGUGUAUGUAUGUUCCUCCCAAACUGUUAAUGGGAAAGGAGCCCUGUCCUCCUUUGGAUCUGAUCACCUUCACUGUUUCCCAUAUACUGCAAUCUGCUUUCUAUAUCCAUUCCACAGUGCCAUUUCUUCUGCUUUCUAUUUAUUUCUUUAUUUCUAUUUUGCUGAGAGUAUUACAGAGAAUUAAAGUAAAUCAGAAGAAAAAGAAAAGAGAAAAGGGGGGGGGCAUUAAAAUGCAUUAAAUUGCAGGGGAAAACAUCAAUAACAACAAUAACACUAAAAUAUAAUUAAGGUUACAGAACCAAAUAGCAUAUGUGUAAAUAGAUAAACUUAUUAUUUCCCUCAUGUAUGUAUUGUUUCAUGGGACACUAUGGUUUUGAUAAUAUAAUAUCAUUACAUUUGGACAAAUUUCUUCUGCUUUCUAGAGUUGCUAGAGUUCUCUGAAUGGGCAGAAAGAGAUGAGGACCAGAUCACUGGUUGGUUACUACUACUACUACUACUGAGAAGAGGAGAAAGUUGCUGAGAAAUUUUAGCAAAUCCUAAGGAAGGAGCAGGUAGCUUUUACAUUCAUUUCCUUUAAUGCUGAGAGUAAUCACAUCCACACCACAGACUUAAAAUGAUUUAACAUACUUUCCCUCUCUAGGAAACUUUGGGAACUGAAAGCUAGGGAUCUCAAACAGAGACUGUAUUCUCACCAAAAUAUCAAUAUUCCCAUGAUUCUCUGGGAGAAGCUGUGACAUUUCUAUAAAAUGGACAUGUAUUCAGUGUAGCUAUACCCAGCGGACUGAUGAAAUCUCUCUCUCCUUUGUCUCCUCUGCACUUUCCUUCAUUUUUUCAUUCUGAUAAACUGACAUUUGUUUCCAAUUCCCCAAACUUUGGGAACAACCCAAACAUAGAGAGAAACUCUAAGAACUAAUGUUUUUUUCCCUCUGCAAAAACAUAAAAUAGUCUUAUGUUUUCUCUGGGAUUUUUAAAAAAAGCACAUUAUCACUUUAAAGUGACAAGGAGAGAGAGCAGCUCUGAAGUUGUUGGCAGCUGCUUUUGCUGUGUUUAUGUGUGUGCAUAGAUGGGGGGAAUCAUAGUUGUUCCUUAACUGUGACAUCCACAUAUUCAGCAUGUGUGCAAAGCAGCCUUGUGCAUAGAUGUCAAUGUGUUGUUGGAGCCUUCGUGCAUUCGGAGUCUAUGGUUGUAUGUAUGUACAGUCAACUCGCACCUUAUGUGCAUUAAACAUGUGCAGUCGCAGAUUUAUGUGCUUGGCUGAAAAAGUUUUUUAAAACUUAAAAGGGGGUGGGAAAGUGGGGAGAAACCUUUGGCAAUCCCACCCACCCUUGCACACACCCUGGGAGAGCAUUCAGAAGUGCAGAGAGAAUCAACAGCAGUCUUGAGAGAGUGUGAUAUGCGCUGCACUGCACUUUUUACGGUUUUUACAAGCUUGUUCUGAUCAUACAGUGGUACCUCGGGUUACAUACACUUCAGGUUACAUACGCUUCAGGUUACAGACUCCGCUAACCCAGAAAUAGUACCUCAGGUUAAGAACUUUGCUUCAGGAUAAGAUCAGGAAUCGUGCUCUGGCGGCGUGGUGGCAGCAGCAGGAGGCCCCAUUAGCUAAAGUGGUGCUUCGGGUUAAGAACAGUUUCAGGUUAAGAACGGACCUCCGGAACGAAUUAAGUACAUAACCCGAGGUACCACUGUCUGUGGUUUUGGCUAGUACGUUGAGAGUCAACUAUGCUUAUAUGCCAUCCAGCACAUGGGGUGCUAUUCCAUUAAGUUUUACUCAGAGCAUAGAAUCAUAGAAUCAUAGAAUCAUAGAGUUGGAAGAGACCACAAGGGCCAUCGAGUCCAACCCCCUGCCAAGCAGGAAACACCAUCAGAGGACUCCUGACAUAUGGUUGUCAAGCCUCUGCUUAAAGACCUCCAAAGAAGGAGACUCCACCACACUCCUUGGCAGCAAAUUCCACUGUCAAACAGCUCUUACUGUCAGGAAGUUCUUCCUAAUGUUUAGCUGGAAUCUUCUUUCUUGUAGUUUGGAUCCAUUGCUCCGUGUCCACUUCUCUGGAGCAGCAGAAAACAACCUUUCUCCCUCCUCUAUGUGACAUCCUUUUAUAUAUUUGAACAUGGCUAUCAUAUCACCCCUUAACCUCCUCUUCUCCAGGCUAAACAUGCCCAGCUCCCUUAGCCGUUCCUCAUAAGGCAUCGUUUCCAGGCCUUUGACCAUUUUGGUUGCCCUCCUCUGGACACGUUCCAGUUUAUCAGUGUCCUUCUUGAAUUGUGGUGCCCAGAACUGGACCCAGUACUCCAGGUGAGGUCUGACCAGAGCAGAAUACAGUGGCACUAUUACUUCCCUUGAUCUAGAUGCUAUACUCCUAUUGAUGCAGCCCAGAAUUUCAUUGGCUUUUUUAGCUGUCGCGUCAGAGCAGAUGAACAUGAUGUAAGUUACGUCCAUUAAUUUCAGUGGGUCUACUCUGUAUAAAACGUAGUUGAAUAUCACCCCUGGAUAUCAGGUGUAGUAAGGGUCAGGAAGGCUAGCCAGUGGCUGUGUGAUUGGAGGCCCCCCUGCCGUGCCCAAUUCUGAACAGGACUUGAGUCUUCUCUCUGCUACAGCUUGGUCUUUGGUGCCCUCUAGAGACUGUUCUUACUCUUCCUGCUUGUUAUUUCAACCUUGUUUUAUAUUACAACUGCACUCCAAGCCAGCUUUUUCCAACCUGUUGCUCUUCAGGUGUUUUGGACUGCAGUCUUUAAGGCUGAAGUUCAAAACUUAGGAAAGGCACCAGGUUUCAGAAAGAUGCUUUAGAGUUGGAAAGAGUAUCACCAUCCCACAUGAUCUUCACCCAAUCUGAACUGGAAGUCUCCCGCUUAAGCCCCAAAUUAGAUGAAUAAUUGGAUGAAUAAUAUUUCAAAAACCCCAGCAAGCCUCAUGAGAAAGUCAUAGCUCUACAGUUUAUAUUGUGAACCAUGCUGAGAUCUACCUGAGGGGUGGUGUACAAAUUUAUUAAAUACAGCCCCAAACUCAAAACUGAAGCAAGUUGAUCAUUACCACUUAAUCCACUUAAUCCUAUAAAGCCUUCAAUGGCUCAGGACCUCAAGGACCGCCUCUUCCCAUAUGAACCUACAUCUUCUGAGGCCCUCCUUCUUGUGUCUCCUCCUCAAGAGGUCCGGAGGGUGCCUUCUCUGCAGUGGCUCCCCGUCUGUGGAAUGCUCUCCCCAGCGAAGUUCACCUGGUGCCUUCCUUACACACUUUUAGGUGCCUGGCAAAAAUGUUCCUUUUUAACCAGGCCUUUGGUUGAUCUGUUGACAACCUAUUCCCUUUUAAAAUGUGGCUCUUUUCUGGGGUGUGCAUAUGUUUUGGAUUGUUGUUUUUAUUCAGAUUAUAUAUGUUGUGAUCUUUUCUGUGAAGCGCCCUGAGACCUCCGGGUAUGGGGCAGUAUGUAAUCCUCAUAGACCUGAAAAUAACCAGCAGGACUUACUUUGUUCUGAUCAGUUUGUGAGUCAACCAACAUUGGGUGUGAUCUCACUCUGCCCUAAGUGUUUUGAACAAGAAUGCUUUUCACAGUAUUAAUGAAGUAGCUUUCUGUGGAGCCUGGCUUAAUUUGAGGUAGAUCUGACCAAGUUUUAAUCCCAGAACCUAAUUUUUAGUGCUUCAAAUGUGCAAUAUCUGAAUAACCACGGAUAUAUGGAAGGACUCCAUGCACCUUUGGCAUGUCAUUGUUCAUGUUCUUGUGAUGUAGAAAGUGGGAGACAGACAUUUUUCAUACUUUAUCAGCCAAUAAUCAGCAUGCAUUUAUUUAAAAAUGGGCUUUCCACUAGGAAACUCUAUUUUAGAUCACUAUCUAGCAAGGUAGCUUAUGGAAAGCUUAACACAGCCUGCCUAGCUGGAAAUGGCCUUAUUUCCCUCCAAUGACCACAAGGUGUCACUCUCACGACACUGGGCUUGCCUGCUAGAUCUUUGAAUCUCCUGCUGAGAGUGCUGAGUCAAAGCCUCUUUUUCUUCCAUGUUCUUGCAUUAUGUGUUUGAUACAGCACUUUCUGAACCUCUGUGUCCACAAACCUCUUCACACACAUCUGCCUCACACAUCAUAUACAUUUUCUGUCGAUUUUUUACCACUUUAACAGACAUGGUCCCCCCCCAAAAAAGACUAUUGGGAAAUGUAGUUUGUUAACUGCAGUUUCUAGAGUACCCUGGGAAUGGGAAUUAAUCGUUAAAUCAGUUUAAGGCUGUGUGCAUAUUACCAGCUUAAAACAAAGCUAGCAUAGCCUCCAGCAUUUCUCCGAUGAAAAUAGGGACAUCCUAAAGAAAUGUGGGACAUUCCAGGAUCAAAUCAGAAACUGGGAUGGCUUCUGUAAAUCCAGGACUGGCCCUGGAAAAUAGGGAAACUUGGAGGAUCUGAUUCUCUUUCUCAAUUUGGGUUGAGAGAAAUUAUAGGCUAGAUGUCAGGCGGCAGAGGAUCCAACCCCACAGCAGGUUGCCAAGAACAGAUAAGGCAAGGAAAAGUCUUUACCAACUGCUUUUUAUUCAAUAUUCACAGAGAGAGGCUUGGAAAUGAAGCCUCUUGGAACAAUGGCUUUGCCCUGAAUGAGUCUCCACCCCCUCCCUCUCUCUUGCGCCAUCGCUGUGGUUGCUGCUACGUGCCCUCUGCCUUUGAGCUCUUUAUUCUCCUAUUUUCAAUGCUUAUCAGGUUCUGGGAGAGGGGUGGUCUGGAAUGCUUUCUAAAGACACUGUGUUCGUCAUCUCUCCCUCUAAUGCUUAUUCUUCCUCCUCCUCCUCUCCCAUUAUUUCCCAGCUUUCCCCCUCAUCUGUCUCUGAACUGUGAUCUCCCUCAAACCCCUGUUGUAAUUCCGAACUGUCUUCUUCUUCUUUGGAAGGGUCAGGCUGGGGAGGCGGUCCCCACCAUUCCUCCUCUUCCCAGUCCCUGAUCCUCCCAGUCACAUGCAUAAAGCAUUGUGUAAGCCAGGAAACUGAUGUAUAGGCCCUAGCAUGCACACAGCUGAUUUGUCAUAAUUUACAUAAUUUUUAAUGGGGAUAUUAAAAAUUGGGCCGCCUUGCGUAUUGGCUUAUUAAUGCAGUCCCCAGCUGAUGAGUGUAAACCUGUUCUAAGAUGCAACUUAAAAUUCAUGAGAUGUUCCUGGCACACCCUUUCGCAGAAGUAACCUUGGUACCUCUGGCCUUUGGGGCUUUUACAGGUGAAGCAUUUUUAGCUCAAAACAUGCCCCAGAAACAAACUUCCCUUGUCUUUUACAGAAGCGUCACAUGGUCAUGCUUACUCCAGUGGUGAGAAAUUCCAUGGUCAUGGCACUUGCCUGAGUUGGGUUUCCUUUGGAAACAAGUUAGUGGAGGCUUGUGGUGUUUUGUUAUGUUUACGUUUAUUUACAAAUGUACAGGCCGAGCCUAGGUGGAGACACAGUUUAACACUCGCAGCAGGCAGACUAAGCCACUGCCCCACACCAGAUCCCCAGAGUGAGGCAGCUCCCCUCACUACAAAAAGGCACUUCCUGGAGCUUCCCCUCUCUCUGAAUCUCUCUUAAAACUUCUCGCUGCAGUCUGCUUCUCAAAAUGUUUCUACAGUGGUACCUCGGGUUAAGUUCUUAAUUCGUUCCGGAGGUCCGUUCUUAACCUGAAACUGUUCUUAACCUGAAGCACCACUUUAGCUAAUGGGCCUCCCUCUGCCACCGUGCCGCCGCCGCACAAUUUCUGUUCUCAUCCUCAAGCAAAGUUCUUAACCCAAGGUACUAUUUCUGGGUUAGCGGAGUCUGUAACCUGAAGCGUCUGUAACCCGAGGUACCACUGUAUUGAUUUCCACCCUAGUUUGCCCCUUCUCUCUAGCUGGAGGCAGUGGGGAAGAAUAAGGGUGAAUCAUCUUCCCCACCAAUCUCCUAGCCUUUUAGAAUUACAUUUCAAAGAAUCAUAGUAUUGUGGAGUUGGAAAGGACCCCAUGGGCCAUCUUGUCCAAUCAUCUGCAAUUCAGGAAACUCAAUUAGAUCAUGACAAUUGGCCACCCAUCCUCUGCUUUAAAACCUCCAAGGAAGGACGGUCCACAACCUCUAGAGGGAGUCUGUUUCACUGUCGAACAGCUUACUGUCAGAAGGUUCCUCCUGGUGUUUAAUCGGAAUUUCCUUUCUUGUAACUUGAAGCCGUUGGUUCAAGGCCUACCCUCCAGACUUGAACCCUCCAGAAGAUGAAACUUGCUCCAUCUUCAAUGUGACAGCCCUUUAGAUAUUUGAAGGUGGCUAUCAUAUUUCCUCUCAGUUUGUGGUGCCCAGAACUGAACACAGAAUUCCAGGUGUGGUCUGAUCAAGGCAAAGUGGAGUGGCAGACCACACCUGUGUCCUGUUCUGGCCACCAGAACAAUUUCCCCGGCAGAUGAUAUGUCUGGAAGCUUUGCCAUUCCUGUUACGCACUGUCUGCAGUCUUUUUUACCCUAUUAACUUUCUGCGAUCCAAACUUCUGAAACUCACAACAAUAUAGUCACAACCCUGGAUGUACUUUGGCUUGUACCCAAUAGUGUGGGAACAUAGGAAGCAGACUUAUACUGGUUUGGUUCACACAACACACUAAGCCAUAGUUUAUCAGGCAUUUCCAGCUCCUCUGCAAAGCAAGAACAUCAGCUGGGAUGCUUAAAAGGGGGAGUACUGACCAUCAGCAGUGUUACUUCACCUGUUCCUUACUCAGUAAGUUACUUCCAAGUAAAGAUACCGAGAAAUGAGCUCUUCGGGGCAGGGUGGGAUGGAGCUUACAAAUUGCUGACCCAGUAUAAUGUCACAAAACAUGAUGGCAUGCUCCCAUUGCAGGGGUGUUUAUUCCAUGAAUCAUAGGGGAAGAAGUUGAAGUAUGGUGUUACUAUGCAGGGAGUAGGUAAAGGCAGAUGAUUCACUCAAACAAAGCCAGGACCUGGCCGAUUAACAUAGCAAAGUAUUUCAUUCACCUAGAAUAAUGGCACGUUUUGAGUUAGACGGGGCCUUGGAGCUCCGCCAGUCCAAAGUCCUACUCGAUGUAGGAAUUUUUGUGCAUGUCUGAGAGGUUGCUUCUGCUGAAAUAGCUCCAUUGAAGGAGAGACCAUCUGUGAAACAGGUUGUCCUGUUAGCAGGUUUCCUCUAUUGUUAAACCGGAAUAUGUUUCUUGGAAAUGCCCUCCCAUUCAUUCUGGAGUUUGCUCCAUCUUCCAUGUCAGUGUUUCCCAUGCUGUAGACAGGGGCCCAAAGUGGUUGUUUCAGGUGGGCCACGCUGUCUGCAGCUGUCUCCCACUAACCUCUCCCGGGAACCCAGAUGGGUCUCAUUUGGCUUUCUCCUCUCUUGCUGCCACCGCUGUACCAGGAAGCGGAGGGUGGAGCGAGCAGAAAGGAAAGAGGAGACUCAGGCAGAAAUGGAGGAAGUGAGCAGCCUGAGCUAUGCUAUCUUCAAGCAUCCUAACUGACUAUGGCAUUUUAUGAUUGGCUCUGGCCCCAUCGUCCGCCAUUUUGUGACUGUUGGCCUCUCAAGUGGGCCCCAGGGGUAGAAAAUGUGAGAGCCCCUGUUCUGUGUGACAGCCUUUUGGACUUUUGAAGACAGCAGUCAUCCUGUCUUCCCUUAAUCUUAUCCAGGCUAAACAUAUGUCGCUGUUUCACAAGACCUGUUUUCUUCACCAUUGAGGUUGCCCUGCUCUGGCCCUACUUUGUGAAAUCCAACUUCAAAUAUGGCACCCAAACUGGGCACUAGUUUAUUACAUAAGCUGCCUUGGCAGCAAGGCUAUAGAGAUAAAAUAAAAAUAUGGUAAUUAAUAUUCAGUUUUAUGUAAUAAAAAUAGAUGAACAUCCUGGCUUAGGCUGCAGUAUUACAAGCAUCAAUAAGUCAUGGGCUUCCUGAGGAAUAUUAGUUGACCCUCUCAACCCCAUAUAGUUUGGUUACCAGUCUUUAUUGUGGAAGUUUUACUGGUUUUAUUUGCAUUUGAAUUGUAAUUAUCUUAUGUGUAUUUGGUUUUUUAAAUAAAAAAAAGGUUUAUGCAUUUUAGCUGUGUUUUUACCUGGUAUACAUAUGUUUAGCUACAGUGUGCUUUUUAUUAUUUUGUAAGUCACUUUGGGACCUAGGUGUGGUUGAAAAGCAGGGUAUAAUUUAUUCGGAAUUAUAGCAGUAAAUAUUGUGUGCGUGUGUGUGCCUCCUCUCAAAACCUCUAGAGUUCUCAUUAAACAUUUGUUUGUUCACUUGUUUCUCUUAGGUGUGGCACCGGAGCGCUGUUAAGACGGCUAUGGCUAUUAAACGCAAGUUCAGCACUCUCUCCUGGUACUACUGGCAAUACCAGCUGAUCACGAUGGCUUAUCUCAUGGAUCCUUUUGAAUGGUGGAUCUUCCACAGUUUGCUGCUUGCUUGCAUUAUGGGGUCGGCCUAUGUUUUUUAUGUCGUUGUUCCUCCUCAGAUCUGCUUGGUUCUGAAGCUCGUUUAUCAUGUGUUUGGCUUGCAACCAGAAAGCACCAUUCCAGCCAUGAUGUGA